AUGAGUGACGAGAGCUUUGACGCGAUCCUUACCAAGUACAAAACGGCCGGUGAUAUUGCCGCCAAGGCGCUGCAAAGUGUGGUUGCCGAGAUUACCGAGGGUAAGCAGGUGCUUCAAAUCAUCGAGCUUGGCGACAAGCUUAUUGAGGAGUCUACUGCCGCUGUGUACAAAGGCAAGAAAAUCGGCAAGGGUCUUGCUUUUCCCACCACCGUCUCUGUGAACAAUGUCGUCUGCAACUUUGCGCCGCUUCCCAGCGACCCGGCGUCCCAAACGGAGCUGAAGAAGGGCGACGUUGUCAAGAUUCAACUUGGUGCCCAUAUUGAUGGCUACCCUGCAAUUACUGCUGAGACCAUGGUUGUGGGUGCGUCCGAGCAGGAGCCUGUGACGGGUCGCACUGCAGAUGCCAUCAAGGCGGCGCACAUUGCUGGCGACGUUGCCAUUCGUCUUAUGAAGCCGGGCAUGCUUAAUAGCGAUAUCUCCAAGCAAGUGGAAGCGGCGCUGCGCGACUUUGACAUUCGCGGUCUUGACGGCAUUCAGUCGUACCUCUUUAGCAAGAACGACCUUUCUGGCAAGAAAAAGAUUGCGUUUAACGGCGACGCUUCCGCCCGCCCCGAUUCUUGCAAGCUCGAGGAGAACGAGGUGUAUGGUGUGGACAUUGUUGUUACUACCAGCGCCGACGGCAAAAGCAAGUCGGACGAUUCGCACACCUCGAUCUACUGCAAGACCAAUGCGACGUACUUGCUCAAGAUGGCCACUUCUCGCAAAGUAUUUUCUGAGAUCCAGAAAAAGGCCGGUGCAUUCCCUUUCAAUCUCCGUGCGUUGGAGGAUGAGAAGCGCGCACGCAUGGGCGUGCAAGAAUGUGCUAACCACGGUCUUUUGACACCGUUCCAGGUGCUGGUCGACGCCACAUCGUCUGCCAUUACCGCACAAGUAUUCUUUACCGUCGCAGUGAGCCCCAAGGGCGCAAUCCGUUUGACUCCUACGCCUACUUGGUACUCUCCCGGAAAGGUCAAGAACGACAAGCAGGUGGAGAAUGAAGAGAUCAAAACGCUGCUCGCCUCCUCGGUUCGCCAGACCAAGAAAAAGUAG